AUGGCAGUGCGCUCCAGAAGUGAGGCCUCCUCCAAGAGCUCUAGCAGUGCCGUUCGGUUUCAACCUGAUGUGGACUUCGACCGAGAGCCCAACGUGCUCCACACGGCAUCGAUGGGCUCCGCUUCUUCCGCCUCAAAGAAGAGAGUCAGCCAUUCCCUCGCCGGGGACUUCAUCCGUGCCAAAACCGUUGUUGAUCCAGACCACGCCGCCCAUGGGCCCUCCUUCUGCCAAAGGCUCACCAAAAGGCUACGCAAGACCAACUAUGUCAACAACGUUAUGGUAUUUGUGGUUCUGCUGGAUGCCUACUGCAACGCAGCCAGUAUCGAUGCGAGAGCUGCCGGGAAUCAGACCCCACAACUUUGGACAGUCUUGUCUGAUGUGUGCCUAGUCUUGUAUAGCCUGGAGCUGGCUCUGCAGUUCUAUCUGGAUGGAACUGCCAUCUUACGAAGAGGUCUGGUCAUGAUGGAUGUUAUUGUCAUUUCGGCCGGCUACGUUGAAGUCAUGCUCGAUCUCGUGGCGCCAGGUAACGAAUAUGCGAAUUUGGGUGUGCUGAGCAUACUGCGUUUGGCGCGGGUACUUCGAUUGCUGAAAUUGCUUCGUAAGGUUAAAUCCUUGCGGGAACUGCAAAAGUUAGUGAAGAUGAUGCACACUUGCAUCAAGGCGCUCUUUUGGUCAUUUAUUUUCUGCUUUGUUGUUAUGACAAUAUGGGCGAUGCUCAUUGUGGAAUGGAUAGACCCAUAUGUGCGAGACAUGGUUGACGAAGGCCUUUUUGAGGAGUGUGGUGUUUUCUGCGAAACGGCAACCACCUCUGUCAUGAAGGCGAACUUGCUCCUCUUUAAGACAGUCAUAGCAGGUGACAGCUGGGGACAGAUGGCCGUGCCCGUGAUCCUCAUGCAUCCCGAGACUGCUGUCAUCUUCGUGGGCUCCUCGCUGACCUUAGUCUUCGGAGUCCUGAAUUUAAUCGUCGCAGUAGUAGUGGACACUUUCGCGGAUGCCCGGGAGAGGGACAUAUUGAAUCUGGCAGAGGAGCUGGAGCAGGACGUGGCUGCAGACAGGAAGUUCCUGCAAAAGAUUUUUGAGCGAAUCGACGAGGAGGGAACGGGUCAGCUGAGCCUGGAGCAGCUGGUGGCGGGCGCCCGGCAAGAUGCCGAGUUUCAGAGCCGACUUCGCAUCAUGGAUAUCGAUGAAAUGGAUUUGGUGGAGCUCUUUCAGAUGAUCGACACGGACGGGUCUGGCACGAUAGAAGCUCCUGAGUUUAUAAAACCGUUGAGCAGGUGGGUGCAUGACUCAAAAACAGCGCCGCGAUUCAUUAAGUACAACAUGCUGCGAACGAUGCACCAGCAAGAAGAGCUCCAGAAGCAGUGCGACGAGAACUUUGAAAACCUACACACCAAAAUUGACAGACUUACCCUGUCGAUGGAUCGCCUGAUGGUGGGUGUUCCUGCAACAGCUGCAUCGAAGUCCUUUUCUUCGCACUGGGUGGAACACACUUCCGUCAUUGAGGGCAAUGGCUUGAUGAACCUGGACAUCCAUGACAUGGUCGAGCAGCCACAUUCAUCGAAGAGGGUCGCUUUAAAGGAGGGCAAUGCGAGCUUGGAGGAGGCUCUGGAAGCGACUGUGCUCAGGCUGCGGGGCAUGGUCCUGGAGGUCACCGACCAAGCCUUGCAAUAUGCUUCUGUGACCCGGAACAAGUUCAAAAUGUGA